AUUCGUCACUUCUUUUAUUUCAGGACAAUGUCGGGCUUCAAGAUGCUGUUUCUAUGUUUGGCGUUAAUUGUCCUCCUGCAAGCAUUGGUUCACCAGGCGUCUGUUGAAGCAACCUCGUAUGGCCCCUUGCGUCCACCACACUGUGGUUUUAGCAACGUUACGCAUACCAGGGUGGUUGGUGGUAAACCAGCUAAACUUGGUGCUUGGCCAUGGAUGGUUGCAUUAGGGUUUCAUAAUUAUAGAUGGCCAAAAAAGGAUCCGGAAUGGAAGUGCGGAGGUUCCCUGAUAUCGGCUAGGCAUGUUUUGACAGCAGCACAUUGUGCAAUACACCGUUCAUUGUACGUGGUUCGUAUCGCGGAUUUAAAUCUAAAACGAGAUGACGACGGAGCGCAUCCUAUUCAAAUGGGAAUCGAAUCUAAACUAAUUCAUCCUGAUUAUGCUUUCCCGAAACACCAUGAUGAUAUAGCUAUUCUUAAAUUGGAGAAGGAUGUAUCAUUUUCGGAACACAUACGUCCCAUUUGUCUCCCCAUAGAGGAGUCCCUUCGAAAUAACAACUUCAUCGGCUAUAACCCCUUCGUUGCUGGAUGGGGAAGAUUAAAAUAUAGAGGACAACUAAGUAAUGCAUUAAUGGAAGUACAAGUGCCAGUGGUUAACAACGACGAAUGCAAACGUGCUUAUAAGGACGCUUCUGAUACAGUAAUAUGCGCCGGAUACGCUAAGGGUGGAAUGGAUUCUUGUCAAGGUGACAGCGGAGGACCACUGAUGAUACCACAAAAUUCCACCUAUUAUGAAAUAGGUGUUGUGUCUUAUGGUCAUGAGUGCGCUUUACCUAAUUAUCCUGGCGUUUACACUAGGGUCACGUCCUACCUCGACAGCUUUAUUCUCCCAGCGUUGAAAUAAUAUAAUUAUUAGUGUUUGCAUAAAUAUGAUUUUUCGUGUACGAAAAGUAAAGUUGGAAUUUAUUAUUGGGGUGAUUA